AGUAGCACAAUGCUAUUCGAGGAGUGAGCGCCGUCCGUAGUUUCGUCUUUGCUCAGUUUACGUGUCUGUGCGCGACCUUUUCGUUCCAACACACACGUGCUUACCGAUUCGGUUGACAUUAUGAAACUGUUAUUAUUCAUCUAAUUUCAAGGAUUUUUUUCAGACUUUCAAGGUUUUAGCGAACCAGGAUUUUUUUAAUUCAGUGUGAACAACAUAGUUAAGUGAUUUUUGUGAUAGUGCUAAAAUAAUGCAAAACAUGACGGAAGUUGUUACGUCCGGUGUCGGCGAGCUGUUCCAAAACAAGACCCUCGGCGAGAAACUGCGCCUUUCCCAUCACCAGGAGGUGGACUUUUCACCGCCGUUCUCGAGGGUCUCCAACAGGGGUAGGAUCCCUUCGUCGUACCCCCUGUGUGCUGCCGCACAGCAGAACAAAACUAUAUCGUCACCCAUUAUCGCAGAGAAGUACCAAAUCUUCGAGCAAGUGGAGGGCAGCUCUUUGUAUCGGUGCGUCAACAUCGAAACCCAGGAAGAACUUGUGUGCAAGAUAUUGCCAAAAAACAACCACGUCCUCGUGUCGGCGCACUACAAGUUGGAUUCGUUGACCAGGAUCAGCCCGUUGCACGAAGUCAUCGUCCGCAACACGAAUCUGUUUCUGUUUUUUCCCAAACCUCACGGCGAUCUCCAUUCGUACGUGAGAUCGAGGAAAAAGCUGCGCGAGUCCGAAGCGAAGAAACUGUUCCGGCAAAUCGUCGAAACGGUCCAGAUCUGCCACAACAACGGGAUAGUUUUAAGGGACCUGAAGCUCAGGAAGUUCGUGUUCGCCGACAAGCAAAGAACGGAGCUCAGACUGGAGUCAUUGGAAGAUGCUGUGGUGUUAGAAGACACGGACAAUGACUGCUUGCACGACAAACGUGGGUGCCCGGCUUACGUCAGCCCGGAAAUCCUCAAAGCGGGCCACUACUCCGGGAAGGCCGCCGAUAUGUGGUCCUUAGGAGUUAUCCUGUACACUAUGCUAGUCGGAAGGUAUCCUUUCAGCGAUUCGGAACACGCUUCCUUAUUUGCAAAAAUUUCCAAGGGUAACUUCAUGAUUCCCGACUGUAUAUCACCAAGGGCACGAUGUUUAAUUAAUUCCCUGCUGAGACGAGACCCAACGGAACGUUUAACCUCCGAAGAUAUUAUGUAUCAUCCUUGGUUGGCGAAAAACGACGAAGAUUGGAACAACAGACUCAGUUGUGACCAAGUGGUGCCUCAGAACUGGACGCUGUUCGAUUAAGUCCUUAGAGAAAUUGUCACGGGGAAUAUUGUGCAAAACUUGUGCUGUGUUCUUAGUUUUUAAGAAAUUGAGCCAUAGAUACUAUCGUGGUACUGUUUUUAAUUGUCAGAAUAUUUAUUUUGGUUAUAGAAAUUAGGACGCAAUUACUGUAUCUGGUUGAACUGUAUCAAAUACGGUUCAAUCAUUUAUAAUACGAUUGUUAUAGUUUGCGUAGCAAAAGAUAGAUGAUUGCCAAAGUUUUCCAAUCCGUUCUUUCAUUAUUUAUUGAUCCGUUUUCUUCCUUUUAACAGGUUCGAAAGCUUUGGUGGCGUUGUUUUGUUUCGAAGGUUUUAUUUUAUUUUGUUAAUCUCAAAAACCACCAAUUGGCGAUUUCUUCGGACUGAUUUGUUGUUUUUAAUGUUGAUCUGUGAAGGGGCAUCACGAUGUAUUGUAGAGUGAUUAAACGAAAGACUGAUUAUAUUAAAUUCCUAUUAUGUUCUUGAAGAUAUGCCUGUUUUUUUAAAAAUAUGAGUUGAGUACAUGAAGGGCGAUUUAUUAUUAAAAUGAAUAUUUUAUUCUGGAAGGUAGAUAUGCUUUGAUAAUUUGCAUAUUUAUCAUCGAUUAUAAGAUAUUUGUCGUUAUGCUUUAUAUAUGAGUAUUAUAUGUUAAUUCGAUUGUUGAGCAAUUACUUAUGAGGCAACUAAGUGUUUUAAAAUAAAACCGAUAGUAAACUAUUAAUUGUAGUGUUGAAAUAACUUUGAUGUCGUGGUGUCUUGGAACAGAUUUUUUAAUGUAAUUUUUUUAAUAAGAAUUUGUGAUCUCGGUGGGGUUUUCGUAAAAUCCUCCAUCCAUAUGACAUUUGUGUAUAAUUUUACGAACUGAAUAUAUGUAUAUAAAAGAUUUCCUAAUGUAUAUGCAUAAGAAUUAGGGUUAGGUCUGUGUAAAUAUUGUACAUAGCUUCGCAUUUUUGCAGAUCAAGAAUUCGUUGGUUUUUUGCUGUUGUUCCCAAUAAAUAUUAUUUUUAAAAAUAC